GGGGCUCCGCUUAAUGCGAGGAACCACGGCCAGUGAGCGGAAUCCUUACUGGCUACCCAUUCCCGGAACUUCCUGGUUCUUCUGUGUGCAGAUGACAUCACCGGGACUCUAGGAAGUUGCACGCGGAGAUCAGGCGUCUGACAAUGGCCAAGAACAAAUUACGAGGGCAGAAGUCCAGGAAUGUAUUUCAUAUAGCCAGCCAAAAAAACUUCAAGGCUAAAAAUAAAGCAAAACCAGUUACCACUAACCUUAAGAAGAUAAAUAUUAUGAAUGAUGAAAAAGUUAACAGAGUGAAUAAAGCUUUUGUAAACAUACAAAAGGAACUUGCACACUUCUCAAAAGGCCUUUCUCUUGAACCUGUGCAGAAAGAAUUGAUUCCUCAGCGGCGUCAUGAAAGUGAAACAGUUAAUGUUGAUGAAGCUACAAGAUUAAUGGCUCUGUUGUAAUACAGUGGUGAUGCAUCUAAUUCCCCAAAAAGACCAAUAAAUUAAAUGUUUUAUACAA